AUGCACGAUUUCAAGUCAAUAAGAACUCUAUCAAUAGUUCCAGUAGAUUUAAAUGCUUUUAUGUGCAUUAAUAUGAGGAUUUUGGCUUCUUUUUAUGAAAUUUUUGGUGAUUUUAAACGAAAAAAUGAAUAUUAUGCUCGUUAUCAAAAAAUGAAAUUGGCAAUGAAAACACUUCAUUGGAAUGAAACUGAUGGAAUUUGGUAUGAUUUUGAUUUGGAAAGAUCAGCACAUUCAGCAACAUAUUAUGUUUCUAAUGCUUUACCUUUAUAUGCAAAAUGUUUCGAUGAUGAAGAUGAAACAACUCCUUUUAGAAUAUAUGAUUAUUUGAAGAGAGAGGGUGUGUUAAACUUCACUAAAGGAAUACCUACAUCGUUAGCUAUGAGUAGUGUUCAACAAUGGGAUAAGGAAAAUGCUUGGCCUCCAAUGGUGCAUAUGAUAAUUGAAGGCUUUCGUACUAGCGGUGAUCAAAUGUUAAUGAAGGCUGCCGAAAAUAUGGCAACACAAUGGCUAAUUGUUAAUUAUAAAUCUUAUGUCACAACUUAUGCAAUGUUUGAAAAAUAUAAUGCUUCAUUAUUAACUGAGGAGUGUGGUGCUGGAGGUGGUGGGGAAUAUGAAGUUCAAAAAGGUUUUGGCUGGACAAAUGGAGUAAUAUUAGAUUUACUAGAUAAAUAUGGGUCAAAAAUAUCGGUAGCAGAAGAUGAAAGAACUAGUGGUUAUUCAUUAAUGAUUACAUAUACAUUAGGGGCUCUUUCUGCAUUUUUCUCUUUAGUAGCAACAUUAAUGUUCCGAACACAUUUAUUUGAGAGAAUUUAUUUAAAUAAUGUAUUUUAAAUUUUAAGAAGCUUUAUUUUAAUUUUCCGGGUGCUUUCAAUGCCGUCUAGUCAAAAAUUAAUUAAUAAAUCUUUUUCUGGUUUUAAAAUCAAAAAAAAAAUUGUAAGCACUUGGAAAGUAGCUAAAACAACAUUUUUGUUUUUGAAUGUCAUUUCCUCAUAUUUUAAUUAUUUUUGGGUGGGAUUUGUUAAAGUUGAACCUCAUUUUUAGAUACCCCUCGAUGUUGGAAAUUUUACCUUAUAGUGAAGGGUGUCUUAAAUAGAGGGUAUCUUAUAGAGGGAUAUCUUAUAUGGAGUACUUGUAAUGAAGAGUAUAUUAUAAUUAGGGUAUCUUAUAAUGGAGUGUCUUAAAUAGAGGGUAUCUUAUAAUCCGGGGUUCUUAAAUAGAGGGUAUCUUAUAAUGAAGUGUCUUAAAUAGAGGGUAUCUUAUAAUCCGGGGUUCUUAAAUAAGAGGUAGGAAAUAGGCAAAUAGAGGUAAAAAGGAAAUGACAUUCAUCAAUAAGCCGGUUAUUUAUUUUUAUUUUUCCGGUUUGUAUUUUUGCGAUGAUUUUGUAUUACUUUUUUUGUAUCCUAGUGAGAGUUUACUCUAAAAUUUAUACGUGUAUAGGCUUAAUCAUCUGCUUAAUUUUCUUUUCAUUUUAUUCCCUAAAGUUUUGUUUUGUUUCUCAUACAUU